CUCAAAAAAAAAAAAAAAAAAAAAGAAAGGAAAAGAAAAGAAAACAAAACCAGAAACAAAGUAACCUACUUACCGAUGAGACUUUGGGCAACCAAGGCCGAUCAAUCAUCAAUGGCGGAUUGUCGCAUUUGAUUUUGACUAUCCUUCUAAUCAGUCAUCCACUACAUUCUCCUACUCCCUUCCUCAAAUGGCCACCAUAAAUUCCGGCAACAAAGCCACCAGAUUACACUCCUCGCACCCUCACCACCACACCACCUGCACCCGAGUCCACCAGAUAGCCGCCCUAGCACUCGUCGCUGCCACCUUCUUCCUCACCAGACUCUUCGACCACUCCCUCGCCCCCUGCUCCUCGCUCCACCGCGAGUCCUUCUCGAAUGCCAAUCACUACACCGCCCCCGACGACGUCGUUCGAUCCCGAGGAUACGGUAGCCACCUCAAUUUGAAGAUCUAUGUGUACGACAAGGACGAAAUCGACGGCUUGCAGCUGCUCAUGUCCGGACGCGAUGGCAAGAUUUCCGCCGACGCCUGCGUUAAAGGCCAAUGGGGCACUCAGGUCAAAAUACAUACGUUGCUAUUAAAAUCAACAUAUCGGACUAUAAAGAAAGAGGACGCAGAUCUGUUCUUUGUUCCAUCUUAUGUUAAAUGUGUGCGGAUGAUGGGUGGUCUGAAUGACAAAGAGAUCAACCAAACUUAUGUGAAGGUUUUAAGUCAAAUGCCACAUUUCAGGUUAUCUGGUGGCCGCAACCAUAUUUUUGUAUUCCCAAGUGGUGCUGGAGCUCACUUGUUCAAGUCUUGGGCUACAUAUUUGAAUCGUUCUAUAAUUCUGACUCCGGAGGGAGACCGGACGGAUAAGCGAGACACUAGUGCCUUCAAUACAUGGAAAGAUAUUAUCAUACCUGGUAAUAUUGAUGAUGGGAUGACAAUUAAUAAGCCUAGGCUUGUUGAUCCUUUGCCUUUAUCGAAGAGGAAAUAUUUGGCAAAUUACUUAGGUCGUGCACAAGGAAAGAUUGGUCGCCUUCGAUUGAUUGAACUUGCAAAAGAAUAUCCUGAUAAGUUGGAAUCUCCAGUGUUGAAAUUCAGUGGUCCUGAAAAACUUGGGAAGACGGAUUACUUUCUACAUCUGCGAAAUGCAAAAUUCUGUCUCGCUCCACGUGGGGAGUCAUCAUGGACGCUUCGCUUCUACGAGUCAUUCUUUGUGGAGUGUGUCCCAGUUAUCCUAUCCGAUCAGGUCGAGCUACCUUUCCAGGAUGUAGUUGACUACGCUCAGAUAUCAAUCAAGUGGCCAUCCACUCGGAUAGGGAAAGAACUUUUGGAUUACCUUGAAUUGAUCUCAGAUACGGAGAUAGAAGAAAUGAUCGCCCGGGGUCGAAGAGUGAGGUGCUUGUGGGUGUAUGCUCCAGAAUCGGAACCGUGCUCGGCUUUCAGUGGAAUUCUUGGGGAGCUUCAGAAGAAAGUGAGGCUAUUCCAUCAGUCAGCGGAGACGUUUUGGUUGCAUAAUGGAAGUUUAGUGAAUAGAGAUCUGGUGGAGUUCAGCAAAUGGAAACCACCCAUGCCAUUGCCUUAGUAUGAUGGUAAAUAUGCUCUUUUGUUUUUUCUCUUGUAUUCGUUACACGUUCUCACAUCCAUAUUUACCCUUUAUUAAAAAAAGAAAAAACAAACAAAAAAAAGAGGCAAGAUGAGAUUUGUUUUAUGUAAAAACCCAAGUCCAAAUAUAAGUUUUAAAACUAUUUUUCAGUUGCAUA